AUGGCAGGCAGAUCCAUUGAGUCUCCUGAGCUACGUCCUGUAGCGCAACAGGUUUUAAGAGAAUGUGCUGGUUUGCCAAUUGCAAUUUCGACGGUGGGAAGAGCGCUAAGACAUAAAAGCAAGAAGAUGUGGGAUGAUGCACUCACACAACUAAGAAACGCUUGCCCAGAAAACAUUCCGGGAAUGAUACAUGAAGUUUACCGGAAAAUAGAGCUAAGUUAUGAAUGUCUAGAAAGCGAGGAAGCCAAAUCAUGUUUUUUCCUGUGUUGUCUGUAUCCAGAAUGCAGCAAUAUACCGGUUGAAGAUUUGGUUAGAUAUGGUUUCGGGCUUGGGUUGUUUAAAGGUAUUGAUUCACUGGUACAAGGAAGAAACCGUGUAGAAACGUUGGUUGACAUACUCAAAAGUUGUUUUUUGUUGUUAGACAGUAACAAGGAAGGGUGUGUCAAAAUGCAUGAUGUGGUGCGGGAUGUAGCCUUAUCAAUAGCUACUGAUGGUAAAGAAGGAUUUGUGACCAGACACAAGGUGGAAUUGAAGGAUUGGCCUGGCAAAUACUCUUCUAGUACACUCAUUAUAACCAAUAAAACUCGUAUGCAUAACGAGCUUUUAUUAGUUUCAUGCACUGAUAAAUGUCCAUUGGAACCACCUGCCACUAUUCUGAGAACAAGUGAAGGCAUCAAGGUUUUAGCCAUCAGAAGCAGAUUUCCACUGCCAAUACUACCAUCGAUUCCACUGUUGAGAAACCUUCAAACGCUGCGUCUAGAGAAUUGCAAUCUCAGUGUGGAAGCUAGAUCCGUAAUUGGAGAGCUAAGGACACUCAUGGUACUCAGCUUUUGUGGAUCCAACUUCGAUCAAUUUCCUGAUGAAAUUAAAAACUUGUCAAAUCUAAGGUUGCUAGAUUUGACAGGAUGCAGAGUUAUGAAAAUUCCAAUGGGUGUCAUAUCGAGUUUAGCUCAUCUAGAAGAACUGUACCUGUGGAAUAGCUUCCAGCAAUGGGAGGUUGAGGAACAAACCCAAGCACAACUAGAUGAAGGGAACAGACAUAAGGAUCGAAAUCAAGGUUCAAAAAUCAGGGGCAUCACUUGUCAUUUUGCUCCAGAGCUAAGUUCCUUGUCCCAAUUGACUACUUUAGAAAUUGCUCUGAAUCCACUUGUAAAGUCAACAGGGGUGCAGUUUGAUCAGCUUGAAAGAUUUAAGAUCUCAAUAGGAUGGUGGAACAAUAGUUGUUGGGAUGUGAAUCCCUGUGAGAACUACUUGAGACUUAGCUAUGCAGCAGAAUCUCCUGCGGAGAGUAGAAUAACUAUAUUGCUAGAGAAAACUAACGUUCUAGAGUUAGACAUGAAGUAUAUGAGCAGAACUCUUAAUGACCUGAGAAGAAGCUGUUGUUUAAACUUGAAAUCUCUAAAGCUCUGCCAAUCUGAAGAUCUGCAACAUGUCUUUGACAUAGGAUACGUAAGCGUUUUCCCUGUCCUGCAUACUCUGAAGAUCAAUGAACUAAAGGAGCUCAAGGCGGUUUUUCAUGGCGAGCUUCCAAUGGGGUCAUUUAACGGACUUAGAGAGUUAUCUUUAUCAUCUCUACCUAAAUUAACACAUUUAUGGAAGAUACCAAGUCAAUUUGGUCAGUGUCUAGGAAAUCUGAGAUGUGUUAAGGUGAGUAGAUGUUACCUUCUAAAAUAUCUCUUCUUAUUAUCAGUAGAUAGCCAUCUGAAGCAACUCGAAGAGCUAGACAUACAGAAUUGCAACUAUUUGGAAGAGAUUGUUGCCUUAAAAGAUCAGACCUCAAAACAGAUUGUUGCCUCUGAAGGAUCGGAAAAUGAGGAAGAAGUCAACGAGAUCAAUCACCCCAAUUUGCUACGCUUGAAUCUUGAAAGACUACCAGGGUUCGUUGGGAUCAGCAAAACAACAUGUCAGAUCAACUUUCCUGGAUUGAUCACGUUGAAGUUGGAAUACCUACCAAAAAUCAUGAGUCUUUCCCCAGAUAGUUUGGCUCCAGAAACUGCUAAACUCUGUGUCAAAACUUGUAAAAAAAUCAGGAUAGCUCAGCUGACAAUCUCUUUAAUUCAACAGGUUAGUCCCUUUUGGCAGCUGCGAUUUGUGACGGUGAAGGAAUGUGCUAAGCUAACUGGUAUUUUCUCGUUCAGUUGGGUGCAGGACUUACAAAGUCUGGAACAACUUGAAGUAAGGGAAUGUAGGUCACUGGAAACAGUUUUCGACUUUGAAGAUCUAGAAAUGAAACAGAAUCCAAAGCAAUUUCCUGCACUGUUCUCUGACUUGGAAAUAAUGGAGUUGAGUAAGCUACCCUUGUUGAAAUACUUGUGGAAUCCACCUCAAAACAUCAUGGCGUUUCAAAAUUUAAGAAUGCUCCAAGUUAUGCAGUGUGGAAAUUUGAGAUAUGUGUUCCCACGGUUCGUUGCUGAAAAUCUCGUGAAACUAGAAUCUAUGUAUAUAAGUGAUUGUGCUGCGAUGCGAGACAUUCUUGCCGAAAAUGAACGAGGCCAUGGAGAUGAAGAGGCAACAAAGAUAAUUGUUUUCCCUCAAGUAAAAUCUCUCCAUCUUGAUAAUUUACCCUCCCUCAGAACAUUUUGCCGUGCUCCAUGCGCUAUUCACUGGCCAUCAUUGACAACUUUGGUGAUUGGCUGCCUUACCAUGGAGACGUUUGUUCCAUCAUCUGAAGCCAUGGGAUCAAUUUAUGGUGUUCCAAACCAUAUUUUUAAUGAAGAGGUUGGUUUUCCAGUUCUGGAGACGCUAGAAAUUCGUGAUAUGCAAAAUAUCAGAGAGUUAUGGAGCAGGGAGCUUCUACCCUACUCUUUCAAUGAACUCCGAGACCUGCAUGUGUCCGGUUGUAGCAACUUAGUUCUUCUGGUAGCAGUUGAGGUGCAGAAUAGAUUGCAUAAACUAGACAAGUUAAUUGUGAAGGGUUGCAAUUCCCUGGAAGAGAUUUUUGAGUCCACAGGGUCAAAUGCCAAUGAAGAACCCACUGCAACACUUCCUCAGUCGGGCGAAAUAUCUUCAAUUUCCCAACCUCAAAUGACGCAAAUCAGGGGUUCCAAUCGAAUUCAAGGCUUUCAGUUAACAUCAUUACACAUUUCGGAUUGUGUCAGUUUGGAGCUUCUACUCUCUCCUUCCAUUGCUAGGGGUAUGGUGAAGCUCAAAGGUCUAUCCAUAAUUGAGUGCAAGAAGAUGGAAGUGGUAGUUGCAAAACCGCUAGCGGAUGAAGAAUCAGAGGAUAACAGCUUGCUCCCUCAGCUAAGUUAUUUGGAACUUCGCGCUCUACCAAAUCUCAUAAUUUUUUCUCAAGGCAAAUGUAAUUUAGAUUGGCCAUCACUGGAAGAGUUAACCGUUGAAGAAUGCCCUCGAAUGGAGAAUUUAUGUUUAGGUUCCCUUAGCACACCAAGGGAAGUGAAGUUAAGUAUCAGCGGGGCAAGUGAAAAUCUUCAGAAGGAGCUGAACGACAGUCGGAAAGAAACUUAAUCUUCAUAAGUAUUUUGCGUUUCCAUUGUCCAGUAAACAACUUCGAAGUUAUAUGUUGAGUUUUGCCUUCUAAGGAGGUUUACCAUCCUUAGAAGGGAUAUGAUCACACAUGCAAAUAUGGAUUUCUGAAGCUAUCGAACUUAUGAGAUUUGGUACAUCUGGUCACACAUUUAGAGUUUUUUUACCUUAUAAUUCUUAUAAGUUCUUUUGGUAUAUGUAUUUUGGGAAAUCCAUACAUAUAUAGCCGACAAUUUUCUAGGAUAUUAAGCUACAAACCACUAGCUAUAGAAAAAUAAAUAUUAAGAUGAUAAGGUUUGUGCUAACGGCAUUUUGCACCUUUUGAUUUUAUAAUGGUUUUCAAAUAGGUCGCAUGAUUUUAAUUUUAUUAUUUUACAUCGAGAUUUCAGAAUUGCAUCAAUUUAUAUCUUUGGUUUGGUCAGUCGUCUCUUCAACCUUAAGGUUUUAAAAUUGUUUCAAUUUAUACCUAUCGUUUUGUUAAACGUUAAUGGCUGGCGUGAAAAGUACGGGACAUAUGAAGGGCAUUUUCAUAAUACAAAAAAAAUGACGCAUAUAUUAGUUAAGUCAAAUUUUUCUGUCAUCUUAUUUUUUGGCCUCCAGGUCAUUUCAAACCCUAGACGAGAUUCUAGCCUAAUUACUAGUUAAUUCUUUCCUUUGGGUUUGGAAUAUUUUUUUUUAAUUUUUUUUAUUUUUGCUGCUAUUUUUGACUGCUUCUAAAAUGUUUGCUGCGGCUAAUUACUUUUCAAAUUAAUGUUUGUUUAGACUUGACCAUUCACAGUUUCCUAUUCCUUUUGCUGACAAGCUAAGUUGAUUUUUGUGAGUAAAGUCUGCUUCAAGACCAUGCAUUUCUCUAUUCACAGUUUCCGAUUCCUCUUGUUCUUUAUUAGCUGCUUAUUUUCAUUCAUUGUUUCUGUCAUUCUAUGAUCAAAUCUGUUAUGGCUCGUGACGGGGCUAGCUCCUCGAGAAGAUCCAACUUUACUGAACCCCCACCCAUGAAGCUUUCGGAGCGCUUGGAAUACAAACUACCAUGUACAAGGGAGAUCUUGGGGGCUCUGCAGGUUGAAAAUAUCAACUUGAUUAGCAUUAAUUGUGGGGAAAUCAAAACAGGAGAUACAGUAACGACGAAAGAGUUCAUGGAGAGAGUCAAGCAGCAAGGUCUAUUUGAAGAAGUUGUCAUGACUGUUGUAUCCCUUGAUCCCAACUUGAGACGAAUACAAGAUGAGAUUGCAGAUAAUCUACAAGUGAAGUUGGGAAAUGGGAAUUUGUUUGAACGGGCAAAGGUGCUGCGUGCUCGAAUGUCCAAAGACUCUAGGAGGUUGCUUGUAGUAUUUCUUGAUGUCCGGGAAAUGAUUGAUCUUGAGGCCAUCGGAAUCCCUUAUGGGUCACCCAACGGAAAGUGUAAGAUAAUCUUUAUGUUGGGACUCCUGAAUGAAUUUAGUGUUAGCAUGAGAGCUCAAAGUAGUUUCCAUCUGUCCGGCAACAAGAAGAGUUUGCCUAUUGGUAUUUUGCCAGAGCAAGAAGCUUGGAGUUUGCUUAGAGAGAUGGCAGGCAAUUCCAUUGAAUCUCCUGAGCUACGUCCGGUAGCACAACAGGUUCUGAGUGAAUGUGCCGGUUUACCAAUUGCAAUUGCAACUGUUGGAAGGGCACUGCAGCAUAAAAGCAAGCAAACGUGGGAGGAUGCACUGAGACAACUAAGAAAGCCUUGCCCCGAAAAUAUUCCAGGGAUGGUACAAGAAGCGUAUCGGAAAAUAGAGUUGAGCUACGAAUGUUUAGGGAGCGAGGAAGCGAAAUCAUUGUUUCUGUUCUGCUGCAUAUAUCCGGAAAGCAGUGAUAUACUGGUUCAUGAUUUAGUGAAAUUUGGGGUUGGACUUCAGCUGUUUAAAGACAUCGAUUCCAAGAGGGAAGCAGGAAAGUGUGUAGAAACAUUGAUUGAGAUACUCAAGAGUAGUUUUUUGUUGUUAGAGAGUGACAAGGAAGGAUGCGUAAAAAUGCAUGAUAUAGUGCACAAGGUAGGCUUAUCAAUAGUAGCUUCAAAGGGAUGGUAUUGAAGAGUUGGCCUUUAAAAUAAGGAUUUGGGGGAACACACGCAAUUUAAUUUUUUUGGGGGCUGGAUCAAGUGUAACUUUGACGGGGCAUGGGAGGAGCGGUCGAGGAAAGGAGGAGGUGCAGUAGCACAUGCCACAAAUUUGAAGGGCCCCCAAAAUUUUUACCAUAUAAUAUUAUGUAAUAAUGUUCUAUAUUUAAAAUAUUAUUUUUGUCAGCA